AUGUAUGAAAAGAACACUCUCAUCGACAUAUUUCACCAUGUCGCCUUACCCCCCCAGCUUCCUGGAAGUCCAGACACAGAGCCGCAGAAAGUUGACUACGGCCUCAUCGAACGCCUACGCAGGGCCGUCAGAAACCUUCGCCACUAUGCGGAAGAUGACACAACGACUGUCUGGAAAAGCCUUGAUGAGACCCUGAAAGAGUGUCGUGCGAUUAACGAUGGCAGGGUCCACAAGGCAGCUUUGAUGAGUGCGUUCCAGAGGCUGAGCCCAGACCACCCUAUCAUCGUGCACGUCGUCGAACACAACGCAGCCCUCCUUUUUCAUCAAGCUCAGGACGAUACCAGUGUGACCGUCGAAGCCUUCGAAGCCUCACCAAGUGCCGAGCCCACCAUUGCGGCGCCCGGUGCGCUACAGUGGGAUUUCCCUGGGGUGGCGAUAUCACUAGACAAGGCAGAAUUUGACAAGCCAUCUCUCCAAGAGAAUAUCGGGGAAUUCCUGGAGAGAGCCAGUACGGAGCCCCUCGACGAGUUUGCGCCAAAAUCACAAAAGGCGGGCGUCAAGGUGACUGAAACAAGAGACACCAUGGAUCCGGACUUGAUCACCGACUUUCUGAUCACAGUACUCGGCGUGAAUGGCCGUCGAACCCAGCCAGUUCUCCUUCGCAAGCGCAUCAAAGACGAUGUAUGCUGGAACAACGCGGAGCGACCGUGGCGGCGUAGCCCUCUUUGGCUCGUGCUUCGUGUCUGCCUCCAACGCCUGCUGUACUUGCGCUUGGGCAGUGAAUUGGCUCGCGUCUACUACAAGUCCCUGCUCUGUGUACUUCUAGCAGAUCUACUGAGAGACCUCGUGGAAUCACGCGCGGUGGGCCCGGAGCAAUGGAGCUGGUUGAGGGCCAAACUUUGCCGUCGCCUCACCAAGCUGGAAACUAUGAAGGAUUCUCUAUGCCCAGAGUCACAGGCUGCCUAUACCCGACUCGCGAACCACCUGGAGCCUUUCUACACGGAGCAGAUUGAGAUUGCGAGCAGUGGCAUUCAGCAGGAGUGGCAUGACUUUAAGAAGAACUUCUUGCGUAAAGUACCAAAGCUACCACUCAGGGCUGGUGCAGCAGAGAUGCACCUAAGUCUACCCAACAGCAUAUCCUAUCUCCGCAAUAUCCUGCAACAGCCUCAUGAUGUUAAUCCGAGGUCCCGCAACACGAAUCCUGUCCACCCGGCGAGCAAGGCGAGCGCAGAUAUGACGGACGAGUUUACCACAUUGUUCAAGGUUUACUCAUCCCUAGCUGAGUUGGAGCAGUCAAUAGAUUCCGGUGAAUGGAGGGCUCCAGCGGCUGGCCUAGUUCAGAGCAUCGGCGCUUGCACUAAAAUUGCCGACAGAAUCGAGGACUAUCUUCAAAGAGUUGUGGGCGCCUAUGACAGAGAUCCGGAGCAAUUCAGCCUCUUCAUCUUGAACAUAUUUGAGCUGUGGGUCUAUAUGGACAAAUACGCGACCGUCGCCUAUCCGUUGCUUCUCGAGUUCCAUCCGGUAUUCAGCCCAGAGCUACUUGAUGUCUUGCUCCUCUCUAGACGAACCGACCUAGACCGUCUGCAUGCGAUUCAACUCCAUCUUCAUGAAAGAUGCGCGACAGUAGAUGACUCGAGCGUGUCAAUCUUUGCAGACCCGGCUCCGGGUUGCUUUGCUGAUCGAUACAUGCAGCUCGACGUCGGGAAAAGCUUGAGAGAACUACAGGAAGCCAUUGAACAUGCAUCUCAGGCUUCAAGCCAGGGAAAGCUAAAAGAGCUCCAGAAAGUGAAUAGAGAGUUCGAAUCUUUGACUACCGAGUUGUCAUCGAGUGACUGUAACCAGCGAAAGAACCCUGACGGUACUCAUGAUAUCCGCGAUUGCAGUCACUGCUACUACUUUCGAAGUCGAAAACGUCUAGAGAUCAGCGCUCAUGAAGCGUAUCUGCCUUGCGACGGAAAGAUGGCCGAAAAAAGAGCCAUUGUUUUUGAGUUGGAAAUCCCCGAAGCAUUUGCCGCCUACCGCAGUGCUACGUGGCAUCUCAUUGUUCGAUUUGGUCCUAAACUAGCCUCACCGAAUGCAAUGGCACCGAUGAAGCUGCUGAGUGAGUACGCGAAUCUUUCCGGAUACUUCAGAGAGAAUGCACUCCGCGGAGGGUUCUCUCUAGCCUCGCCUACCAAGUCGUUCUUGGAUACCCAUUACAAAUGGCGGCAAUUACCAGUCGCCGAGGAAAGCGUGCUGCUUCCGUUGGGUUUGACCUUCAAGUACUAUGAUAAAGGUCGCAAGGUAUGGGGAGGGGACUUGCCAAAAACACUCACAUUUGCGCAUCACUUUGCCCUUGCCCUCCCAUCGAAUCUCCCCCUUGCACAGCUAUACUCUUCAUCAAGUUUCGCUCCGGACGGUCCAGGGCCUUCGUCAUAUGAAGCUCUUGCGGAAUCACGGAAGCGUCCUUCUGCAGUGACCGUCCAUGAGUUUCUCGCACAUCAGAGCUUGAUGGCCGGCAAGCAACGUCGGUGGAUUUCGAUCCUUUCUGAACUCGGAUCGUCGAACAUCAAUUUCAGCGCGCACGAAACAAUGGCCCUUCUGCAGCAUCUCGCCUUGCAGGCUGGCCCCUGGCAGCAGGGAGAAUCUUUGAGAGUCAUACAUUCUUUCUUCCACGAAGCCGUCUUCUGCAAGCGACUGAUUCAACAAAUUGAUCAACACGUCUCGUUGAUCACCUCGAACUGGCGUGAGGUCAUGUACAUGGAAACGAUGCUGACUUUGACGAUGCGAGUGUGCAGCCUGGGGUGUGAUGAAGUGUCAAGAUGCGCCAACGAACUGCUGCUAAAAAUCCGCAGUGUGACGCAUCGUUGGAUCCACCACCUACGCAACGAAGCACGCAAAGCUGUCGAGGUCGAUGUCGCGGACAGAACAGCGCGAUACUGCUUCUUGGCCGCUCUCCUCUGUCGCCGCACAUUUGAUCGAACGACUAGCGCCUCAAUUGAUGCGGCCUCCACCCAAACAUGGAUUGAAGCCACACUUUCCAUGCAGGAAAGCCUGGUCAUAGAUGCGAGUAGUUUCGAUGCAUUCACUCGGAGGAUGCUAGUCCGCGACAUCAAGAUGUCAAAUCGACUGUGCCAGGUGAUUCAGUUCGCGGUCAGGUGGUAUCCCUCAAGCGUGAAUGCAGCCAUCGACAGAGUAUGGUUCAGUGCGCGUGAGGGACAACAUACUAUCUGGCAGCAAGAAGAAAAUGGCUGGAUAAAUUCCACAGCCUGCGGUACUGAUGAAGAGCGAGAUCAAUAUCGCCGGCUCCACAUCCUGGAAGGCCACUUCUUGAUCGACGGCAAGCCUCUGGGGAAGCUCCCAGCCGACAUCCGUAACUCAGAUGUGCUCAAGGAACUGUUCGGCAACGAGAGACUCAGUGCCUUCCCUUCGAGUCUGCCCGGGAUGAGUUAUAAACUGGCGUUGGCUAGGAACGGCUAUGAGGUUCACUUGGGUUACCGAGGUCAGGACCUCGUGAUCUGGGCCUGCAAGGAGAGCCAAACUUUGGAGCAUGUUCCUCGGUCUGUGUUUGGCAGUGGCACGAAACCGGACUUACCAUGCUCCUUACUUCGUGAUUGUGUGCACUGGAUCAAUAUCAAAACGGGAAUCCUCCAAGCGAGGCGUAUACCACAAAUCUGGAGAGAGAGGCCGGGCGACUGGAAGAUCAACAUCCGAACCCAGCAGGCUAACCGACGCAAGUCAUAUCUGAUUGACCCCCGUUCUCAACUCGCAAUGACGAUAGCUAGCAUUUUCUCUCAUUUCGAAGAAGCCGCAGAGCUGACAAUCUAUCAACCGCCGCAAGCCAUGCUCUCGGUCGAGUUGAAGGCAAUGAACCUCAGAUUCUAUGUCAACCAGAGACAGCGCCUGCAGUGCACUCAAUUGAGCGCAGAGAUUGACCCCAAUCAAGACGCUGGUACACUUUAUGGACUCCAAAGUAUGCUAGUACUUCGAAAUGUCUACAAUCGUUCACAGCGCAGUAUCAUUGUUCCCGUGGGCAGCAUCAAAAUCGAGCGCCAAGGCAUACAUGUUUUGGUCAAGAAAGAGAACAAUGGGAACUAUGGGAGGUAUCAGAUUGACGGAGUUCUCGGUCGGCUUCACUGCCCUGCCGAGCCACUACUUCUUUACACAAAAGCCCAGCUUCAUGCAUUCACUUCCUUCGUCUCUCCGGACCCGCUGACAGGGCGUACCGGUACAGAAGAGGCAUUGGCUUGUUUAAAGUCCGCCUCCUCGUUACCGUGGAGACCUCUCGAGUCCAACAUCGUGGAUCUGUUACGAGGAAUCUCCGGGCUCACGCCGGUGCGGGAGUACUAUCCUCCCGGAAAAAAGGUCCAACAGAUGGUGAGGUGGAAUAAGGAACUGACAGUGUCCAUACAGCAUGAAGCGUAUCAGACAACCAUCGAGUCGAUUCUGAAGAGGUCACAGAGACUUUCUCUCUUCCAACCAGGUAUCCCGCCUCGCGGAAUCAACACUAGCGGGAGUCAAGUAUAUCUGCGAGAUAGAGCUCUUGGGCGCCGCUCUUUGUACGAGCGAUCGGACACAUGGAACGAGGACAAAGUGCAAGAAAUCGCUGAUGAGGUAUAUGUAUCACGUGCUAGAUAUCGUUCGUCCACGCGGGCGAAGAAUGUGCGUGAGAUUGUCUCCCUGCUCCGAGAACGGCCUUCGGAGAUCGCCACGACGGAUCAUCUCGCUCAUGUCAUACAGCGCUGGGACCACGUCGGGGGCUAUGACCGCAAGUUCAUUCCCUCCACUGUGGAGGCCGCCAUAUCGAUUGACCUUGCGGCCAAUUGGGGUCGCUUGGUUCGGCUUUGCGCUGAGAGUCAAACGCGUGAUGUACACUAUUUGAUGUUCAACCUCGGUCUUAUAGCCUAUUCGCAGAAUGUCAGCAUGACAGCCCUUCGUGUCCUAGCAGCCUUUGUCACUUUGGACGAGCUGAAGAAGAUAAGACUACCCUACCAUGAAGCCUUUGACCACGUUCGCGAAAACGGCAAGCCGGGUUCUCGAUUGCUUCUCGAGCUGGUGGAACCAGCGUUGAUCAAGUUUACAGCUCCGACCCCGGUCAAGAGGCCUAAAAAUUCUACCACAACCUUGACAGCAGCAGCUAGGGCUGAACAUGAAAGGGCCAAGGAAGAACACGAGUCUCAGUGUGAUAGCGAAAGUCAACGCCUCGUGACCUUCAUUCUUUCCCAAUGGCCCUGCUUGGAGCCCUCAGUCGAUGGGUUCUCGUCAGAAUUUGUGAACGUGAUGGACGCCCUGGACCUAAUCAAGCCAGUAUGGUCGCGUCGUUACAAGAACAUGCAACUUCUUGCCCAUAUCGAGGAAGUACAAAAGGUAUUGAAUGCCCACGGCCAUGUGAGAGCCAACAGACCACAGGAUUCACCAGCAAGCGGACACGUGGAGUACUUUGAAUCGCGCUCUGGCAGUCAUCCAAGAGUUGCAGUUGAGCUCGGACGUGACCUGCUCCCUACACCAGGCCCGCCGCUCGCGCAGGCUGAACACCACCAUCAGAAAUGCGCGAAAAAGAAGCCCCACCAUCCCACCAACCGGCGGAGAAGACGCGAUGAUCGGUCAGUGUCUACGGAAGAGAUCGCUGAACUUGAAAGCAUAGUGAGAAGCAUGAUCAACUCGGACUGUCCUGUGAAAUCCAGAUAUGGUCGAGACUUGCAAGUGAGCAUCCAUGCGCUGAGGGAUAAAGACCAGAAAACGAGCAAGUCCCGAUCACCCGAAGUGUCCUACUGGAAAGGGCUCAAGAGAUACAACGAGGAGAUUCGAGAUACGCAGGAUGUGGUGGACUCUCACUAUCGGCAGAUUUGUUCAGCUCUUCUAGCUGGGGAUUCGAGACUGUAUUGGUUGCUGAAAGGCAAUAUCGCACCAUGCAUCACCACGGUCACUAUCUUGCAGCAGCUUAGGGGGUCGCUCGUACGGUUCGGGCCGCGAAUGAAAGAAGCCAUUAUAUCAUACGCGCUCGAGAUCGUCAAGCUACAACGCCUGUUGCGGAUCAGAGAAUUCUUCGCUAGACGUGAUGACAGCCGGCUCGAUCAAGAGUACUGUCAGAAGGACCAUGCGGUGUGGAAUUACAUGAAAUACUCGGACUGGAUUCUCGUUGAAAUCGAUGCGAAUAUGCAGAUACGGCAGGAACAGGUAACGGUUGCUCUUGAAAUGAUCGCUCCAACCUCGGGCUCGAAUUCUGUUCUACAGAUGAACAUGGGACAAGGAAAGACUUCAGUGAUCACGCCGAUGGUGGCAUGCGCGUUGGCCAAUGGCAAGAUUCUCGCUCGGUUGCUCGUGCCAAGUGCGCUUCUCACCCAGACGGCUCAGAUUUUACAGACACAUAUCGGAGGUCUUGCUGGUCGAGAAGUGCUGCAUAUCCCGUUCUCCCGACGAACGCCAACAACGCCGCAAGUGAUAUCAGAGUUUCGGAGAUUACAUGAGAGCACACUUCGUCAAUCCGGUAUCAUCUUGGGUGUUCCCGAACAUGCGUUGUCCUUCAAGUUGAGUGGUCUUCAGCGAGUUUCCGAUGUCAAGAUCGCCGAGGCUACUGAAAUGGUAGCGAUCCAAAAAUGGAUCGAUCGACAUGGCCGGGAUAUUCUCGAUGAAUGUGAUUUCACCCUCGCGGUCAAGACACAGCUCAUUUAUCCCAGCGGCUCUCAGCUUGUUGUCGAUGGAUACCCCGAUCGCUGGGAGGUCACGAUGAAUGUGUUAGGGUUGGUCGCGGAUCAUCUACGAGACUUAGCACGGGAGUUCCCGCGCAGCAUUGAUGUGAUCGAAAGGGAAGAUGUCGCAUUUCCGAUCGCAUAUUUGUUGAGAAACGACGUUGAGUUGGCUCUGAUGAAAAGAGUUGUGAACGAUGCUUGUACUGGUCGGGGUGGAAUCUUGCCGAUGCAAGGUCGCGGCGCCGCUGAGAUUGAGGCCGUGCGCAUGUUUCUUUCAGACCCGGCCGUUGAUGACUCGGUCACCGAGAGUCUCCAGCAGAUCUUCGAGGAUAAGCCUCAGACGCUUAAGAGAAUGUAUCUGCUGCGAGGCCUGCUGGUUCAUCAGAUCCUGCUGCUAUGUCUGAAGAAGAGAUGGAAUGUGCAAUACAGCUUGCAUCCUGACCGAGACCCAAUUGCCGUGCCAUUCCAUGCCAAGGGUGUUCCAUCGAACCAAGCGGAGUGGGGUCACCCAGAUGUGGCCAUUCUAUUCACCUGCCUUGCAUUCUAUCACGAGGGUCUGAGCCAGGAGCAAUGUCGACAGUGCUUGGAGGCUGUUCUCAGAGCGGAUGAUCCGGCUACCGAAUAUGACCGCUGGACGGAGACAUCAGCAAUUAUGCCAGAAAGCUUACGACACUGGAAUCUAAUCAACGUGAACGAUUAUGAUCAGGGUUUUAUGAUCUGGCAGCAUCUACGGUUUUCGACGACGGUGAUCAACUACUAUCUGAAGAACUUUGUCUUUCCUGUGCACGCAAAGCAGUUUGCUAUCAAGCUUCAGAUGUCAGGAUGGGACGUGCCUUAUUUCAGGAACUCUCCCGACACCUCUGACGGUACAACGACUGUAAAACCGGGCCUAACCACCGGCUUUAGUGGGACCAACGACAACCGCAGAUUGCUACCCCUAACGAUGGAACAACACGAUCUUCCCGAACUGUCGCAUACGAACGCGGAGGUCCUCACCUACCUGCUCCAGCGAAGGAACAGGGAGUAUCGAGCUGCGGUCUUCAAAGGAAAGCGUAUGUCUGAAACAGAGCUGCUGUGUAGCUUGACCAAAACCAAAGUCCGCACCUUGAUUGACGCAGGCGCUUUUGUCCUCGAGAUGGACAAUCUGAGCCUGGUAAAGACAUGGUUGAUGCAUGACAAUGAUGCCCAAGCUGCGGUUUACUUUGGGCCGGAUAAUCAGCCGCAGGUUUGCUCACGAACAGGAAAGUGUCUACCACUGAUCGCAACUCCGUAUGCGGAUGAUAUGACGGACUGCUUAAUCUAUCUCGAUCAAGCACAUACUCGAGGUACAGAUCUGAAACUCCCGGCAGAUGCUCGGGGAGCCCUUACCUUGGGUAUCAAUCAGACGAAGGACCAUAUUGUGCAGGCAGCCAUGAGGCUCCGACAGCUCGGGACAACGCAGUCUGUGGUUUUCAUCGCACCUCCACAAGUGCAUCAUAAUAUUCUUGACGUCUGCGGCAAACACCAGGACGAGCAACUCGACUCCUCCGAUGUUGUGUACUGGCUAUUGCACCAGACCUGUGCCAGUAACAGGGAUCUCGAGCCGCUCUACAAUGCGCAAGGCGUCGACUUCUGUCGCCGUAUUCAGGCCGCUGAAGACUACCCUAACUUCAUUAAGAACCAUCAUCAGCGGAGGUACUACAUGGGGAUCCUGCAGCAGCCCGAGCAGCAGUCUCUGGAGCAACUGUACAAGCCGGAGCCCACCGAUGCGAGCGAUGGAGACUCGGAUUCGUCGAAUGAUUUCACAUAUUCGGGCCGAGCCGCCAGCUUCAUUGAAGUUCUGCGACAGCGACGCACGGAAGGCAAAGAUAUCCACCAUUCGGCCAUCGCCAGUUCAGCGCAAGAAGAAGUCGAGCAAGAACGAGAGGUUGCUUACGAGGUUGAAGAAGAGCGGGAGGUUGAGCGUCCUAAGUUGCUGAAGCCGUACAUUUACCCCGGCUUGCAUCAAUCCCUAUCGCAGUUUGGGAAGACUGGUUCCCUCGAGGGUGUGGGGUAUGUGACCGCGGAGAGUAUGAUACUUGCAACUGAACUAGGUGGCAAGUAUAAAGACCAGGUGGUUCCGAGCCUGCCGCAUCUAUACGUAUCGGUGGAGUUCACCAAGACGGUCAAGCUGAAGCCUGGAGAAAAGAUGGAUGAACUGACGCGCCCGGUGAACUGGCUACUUUGCAACAUCAAAACUGAGAUGGCAAUUGUGGUCACCCCCGAAGAAGCCGAAGACCUGAUUCCCAUCCUCCGCACUGAGGCAGCACCAUCGAUGCACCUCAUGACCUACGCAGCGCCGGUCACCAAGCGCAUGCAGCACUUCAGCAACCUUGACUACUACACCGUCCCCCCUCUCCCGGUCGCAAACUAUGUGCCCGCCUUCCUGGCGUUCGAGGUUGGCAUCUUCGCUGGAAGACUCUAUUUCGGCCCCCGUGAGUACGAAGAGAUCCUGGACCGCCUGGCUCUCGAAUGGGACGAUGUGGCCGGUAGCGCGGUGACUCCUGCGGAAGGGUCGUCACUCAACAUGGCCUUCCUGCAGGAGUGGCUGGCGUUGAGACGGCAAGGCCAAGAUAUAUCCCAUACGCCGAUGGGCUAUGUUUGUCAAGGCCGGAGGCUGCGUUCUGACCACCCAUUCUUCGUGGAGUCCGAUACCCGCAAGACCACAGACAGUUUUCUCCCUUCGUCUGGGAAGACUGUGAGUUUUGAGGAGCAGGAAGAGUACUCUGAUAGUAACGAGGGAGUGGAGGACGAGGCGGAACAAAUCGAUCUGGGCGUGGAGGAGGAUGAGGACUUCGAAGAGGACGAGGACUUCGAAGAGGAGAUUUAGGGCGCUGCAAGGGUAAGGACAGGAGGAUUGGAGAAAGCAAUGAGUUUGGUGUUGAGCUUUUGUGGGAGGAUGUCACGGGAGGUGGUCAUGUAUUUGUGGGAGCUUUCAGAGUGGUAUGCUGUUCAUGAUGUCACAUUCUCGUGCCAUCAAUCUACAAUGUCAAGUAUCCCGAUUGUUGAGAUAUGGCUUGGAUUAGAUGCGUGCCUGACAUUCAAUCAUGGUGGUUGGAAACUAGAUGUUGGCAAGAAAGUCCAUAGGACGAAGGAAUUCUGAGAAAUUCAAUGAUGC